UCGUAUUGAAUUACAGAAAUCGAAGGAACGUAUGGUUCUUACUUCAGUGGGAAGCGGAAUUGAUACGGUUGAAUCGGAAUUGUUAAUCCCCCGUUGAUCGUGUAAUUAGGGACGAGGGUGUCCACGGGUGGCUUCCCCCCUUUGUGCUGUCAUAGUCAGCUGACUCGGGUUCAUCGUCGAUUCAUCGUGUCUGACAAGGUUGUUAUGACUUUUUUAACAUCUCGGUUACACUGCGUGCAUCAUGUUUACGUCGUCGUUAGCCUGUGAAACGUCGUAAAACUCGAUGGAAAUAAUUUUCUGCUCGAUGGAAACGUCGUUCGAACCCGCUUAUCUCGCCGUCGUGUCAAGGAGCAUCAGCUAGAGGCUCGAACUGGGGACCGACUUGGAAAAUUAUGUGAUACUUUCCCUGCUCUACUUGAAUUCACCGCGAUGGCUUCUAUUUGUCGCCGCUGGCGGCUAUGGAUUCUGCCAGUUUUAACUUGCCUCUACGCGCUGCUCAUCAUUGUUUUGGUGCCUAUUCUGUUGGCGAACUCUAUUAAGAAUGGCUUCAAGAAGCAGGAUCAAGGAGCUCUGGUCGGUGGCGCGUUUGUACUGCUGGCAUUGCCCAUUGCUUUCUACGAGAUUGUGCAACACAUGAUAUAUUACACACAGCCUAGACUGCAGAAGUACAUAAUCAGAAUACUAUGGAUGGUACCAAUUUAUGCAGUAAACGCUUGGCUUGGUCUGGUGUAUCCAGAAGGGAGUAUAUACGUGGAUAGUUUAAGAGAAUGCUACGAGGCGUAUGUAAUAUACAAUUUUAUGAUGUAUUUAUUGGCCUAUUUGGACGCGGAUCGCCAAUUGGAACACAGACUUGAAAUCUCCCGUCAAGUACAUCAUAUGUUUCCCUUGUGUUGUUUACCCGACUGGGAAAUGGGAAGAGAAUUUGUACAUAUGUGCAAACAUGGAAUAUUGCAGUACACUGCUGUUAGGCCCAUAUCAACUUUAAUAUCAUUUAUUUGUGAGCUGAAUGGUGUAUACGGAGAAGGUGAAUUCAGAACAGACGUAGCGUUUCCGUAUAUGAUUGCUGUAAAUAACUUAUCGCAAUUCGUCGCCAUGUACUGUCUGGUGCUCUUCUACCGUGCCAAUGCGGAUGCUUUACAGCCGAUGAAACCAAUCGGCAAGUUCUUAUGUAUCAAAGCAGUCGUGUUCUUCUCCUUCUUUCAAGGUGUACUUGUUGCGUUGCUAGUGUAUUUCGAUGUCAUAUCAAGUAUCUUCAAUACAAAUGACAUGGAUGAUAUCAGGAGUAUAUCGUCGAAACUGCAAGACUUCCUAAUCUGCAUCGAGAUGUUUUUGGCAGCGGUCGCUCAUCACUAUAGCUUUUCUUAUAAACCAUUUGUAAAUCUAGCACAAGGACAAGCAUGGUGGGAUGCAUUCAGAGCCAUGUGGGACGUCUCGGACGUACACAACGACAUAAAAGAACACCUGGGGGUAGUGGGGUCGUCGUUGAGUCGCAGGAUACGUGGUCGCAGUGCUUAUCAGCAAGCCUGGAGCAGCGCAACGGAACGAACGUCUCUGUUACCCGAGGCGGCGGUGGUGGCCAUGGCCAAAAGUGCACCAGCGUGUUCAUUUUCUGGUUACAAUACGGGUGAGAUGGGACAGAACGAUCCAAUCGAUCAGAUACCAGACGUGCAGGAUACCAAUAACGCGGUGAAAACGUAACUCUGACAGUGUGAUGUGUCUUGGACUCUCGAGAACAUUCGAAGUGUCAAUGUCGUCCUAUUCCUAACCUCAUCCAGGAUCACUCUGUAUCGCUAGUGCAUUGUAUGUUUAACGAAAAGAAAGAGGUCUAGUUUUGCAACGAGCGUGCUCCACCCACCCUGUGUAUUUGUACAAAUUCUCAUGUCACGGGAGACGAUUUGCAACUACGAAUUAAGGAUUUGAUACGUCACGACGUCACUGCGAGUAAGUGUCGUUUAACCACACGUCCAUUUAAAACGCUUUUUUCCUCCUUAUUUGCGGCCAAACCAUUCGCGCCUUCGUGUUACCAAUGGUGUACUAGCAAAUAAUUGUAUAUAGUAAUGUUUAUACAUAGAACAAUAUAUCGGUGCAGUCCU